GUACAUGUUACGAUUUUACAAUAAAUGUACUAUGUGUAAACAUGUUCAUGCAGUGAAAAUUAAUAUGCCAGAUGAAAAUGAUUGUACUAACCUAAUGGAUACAAAUGAAAUUUGUAUGAACAUGUCUGAUAUACAGCAAAUUAUCGAUUCAUCAGCAGUUAGCAUUGCAAACAAAAUUCAGCAAUUUAAUAGCAUGUUUCCGUGAGCUUGUCAUAGGUGGUCCGCGGUCCCAUAGAUUUUAUAUUAUUUUUUUUUGCUCGUUCAUUUCAAAAAAAAGAAAAGAAUUACGAACAAAUAUAGUAUCCACUGUGUUUUUCCACUUUUAAAAGUGUUUAUCAAAAUAAUGAAUAAUAUUAUUAACGUUAUAACUGCGGACGAUCGAUUGGUGUGUUUCAACUUUUGUAAGUGUGUAGGUACUAAAUGUUUAUUACUUAGAUAAAAGUAUUUAUUAAAUACCAUUAAAUAAUAAUUUAUUAAAUAUUAUUAUUGCGACCGAUAAUUGUUUACCGAUUGCACAGUUUCUCAAAUAUUUAGUUAUGAGAUUAAUCGAAUUUUAACGGUUUUACGUAUUUUUACUGAGUACACAACUCUAAUUGGAUGAACUUUCCCAACGAUUCAUUUUUAAAUGAACUAAUAUACAAAUAUUUACAAUACAAUAUUUUUUUAUUUUAUUUUAUACAAUAUGUUGGUCUAUCAUGUAGUAUUUAUUUUGUAAUAAACCAUACCUAAAAUCAAUUUAAACAUGUGAAUUAUAGACUAAAUUAAUCUUAGAGAUGGAUACUAUGUUCCUAAAUUUCGUAAGAAAUUGUUUCCAUUAUAAUCAAAAUAAUAAUUAUUUACAAUUUUGUUUCUCCUGAACAAUUUUUAAAAGUGGACUUAUCUGGUUGUUACAAGGAGCCCUUCAAUUGAGGUGGUCAGCGACCUAUUUAAAAUUACCGAAAUGGUCCGUAGUGGUAAAAAUGUUGGGAAACACUGCUCUAGACGCUUAUUCCUAAAAGUGCCUUCAUAGCUCACCGUGAAGCGUGAUAAUUUACAACCACUAUCUAAAAACCACAUGGUUCAACCAAUCACAGUCCUAGAAUAUUUCACGGUUAGCUGUGAAGGCGCCUUUAGUUCAUGAUUCGUUAAUAACCCCAGCAAUAUAACCAUAGACAAUAAAGAACUUCCUCUUUUAUCAAUGAAUCGAUAAGAAUGUUCUGCUAACAGAUAUUUAUACUGUAUAUACUAUAUACUAUGGUAUAGAUAUCUGUGACAUACUCGAAUAUAUAUUAUUUAUGAUAAAAGCUUUAUUCAAGGUCUAAUACUAUUCAUUUCAUAGAAUAUAAUAUACACCAUUCAUUGUACAUAGUGGUUAUCACAAUGUUGGUAAAUUGUUAUCGAGGUGGACCAUAGAGUAAUAUUACUCUAUGAGGUGGACACCUUAUUUGUUAUUAGUACGUUAUCAACGAAGAAAACUCGGUAGAUGGAAACGUUCUGAACUCGUACAAAUGGCAAAUCCUUUUUUAAUAUAUUAUAAUUUAUAACUUUAAACUUGUUAAUUGUUGGUUAAGAAUGGAACGACUUGUCUGGGUUUAUUGUUGUAUUGUUUUGUUUUUAUUCAAAUAAAAACAUAAUCAUCACAUUAUUAUUACAACAUACAAUAUAAAAAUUUCUAUUUUUUUUUUAAAUCCAUGGCUUUAACUUGAACUAUUGCUAUACUGCUUAGUUCACCGCCAUUUAUAAAAAAAUUGAUUUUAAACAAUUAUUUUGCUUGAUGUUAUGGAUAAAAAGUGGUAUGUAGUUGCUGUUUAAGUUGGUAAAUAUAAUACAUAUUGCUGGUUAUUUGUCGAACAUACAUAAUUAUCAACAUCUUUUUUUUAAAUUUCUAGCAGUGUACAAAAAUAGACUAGAACAGAAGACUUUUAGAACUUGUUUACAUCAUAUAAUUUUGCAAGUUUGUUUUACACAAUCAAAAAAAUACCAUAGGAAAAUAGAAUUAAAUACAUUUUAUGUAUAAGUCAAAUCUCUUUUUAUACAUUUUAAUAAGUACAUAUUUUUAUUUCAAUAUUUUCGCUGACAAAUUUUUUAGUUCAAUUAAUAAUACAGCAUUUCUGGAUUUAAAUUUAUUUUUAAUUUUUAUUAUAAUAUGUUUAUUAUAAAUAACCAUAUUAUAGGUUUAUAAUAUGGUUGUUAACUAAAAAUUCACAUUUUUUUCCACCAAUUAGUCUAUUUUUCUAAUUUUCCCUUUAGUAAUUUUAUUUAUAGGUAGAUAGAUUACUCACUGCAUAUAAUAUGAUAUGUAACCUUUCGGGUACACCAAUGUAUUCACAUUUCAGUGUUUGGUGUGCUUCUAAAUGGUUGACUUCUUCUAGCUGCGAUGUAUUUUAUUUUUUUAGUUAGGUAUUCAUUAUUAUUUUGCACAUAAAUCCAUAUUUUGGGUACUUAAGUGCAUAUUUGGUAACUUUUAUUUUUUCUACUCUAUGACUAAUAAUACUAAUUAGGUAAUUAUUUUUUUAAAUUUUAUUACAAAUAUUGAUUAUAUUAUUGUGUAUGUUCAUUGUUUGUUGAAUUUAGGUUGUUUUUAAAAUUAAAAUUAAUAAAUGCUGAAGGUGUUUAUCUAUAAUAAUUUGAAUACAUCUAUUAAUGUCGUUUUUAUUAGAUAUAAAAUAUUAUGUUAUGGCCAUCAUACCAAAUAUUUAUCAUUUUUAUCAUUAUGAAAAAUGUACUUCAAAAAAUGUACUUCAAAAAAUGUAUUUAAAUAUAAUUAUUAUAAAUACUAAAUUAGAAAUAAAAUAACAUUAAAAUUUAAAAUAUUAGUAGGUAGGUUAUCUAUAUUUAUAUUGAUUAGGUACCUAUUCAAAGUCAUUAAACAAUUAAUUAUAUGUUCCUAGGUUGUAAUAAUUAUUACAACUAUUAUAAGUAUAAUAUAUGCCUAAAUGAAAAAUAAAUACAUUUUUAAACUAAAAUAAUUUUUACUUAUUUAUCUUUAGUAAUUAGUAAGUUUUAAAUUGUUGACUGUUUACUUAAUAAAACUGACGUCAUGUCAUAUGCCCUUGAAACUUAAGUGUAUCUUAUCCAUAUCCAUUUUAUAGUUCCUGUUACAUAUUUGUGUUCUGAAUGUAUAAUAGUAGGUAAUUUCUUAUUUUUAUAGGUAUGGUAUAUUUCUUUAGUAUUAGGUAAAACAGUUUUCUUUUAGAAUUAUAAAAGCAAAACAUUUAAUUGGUGUCCUUCAUUCAAAUUUUAAAGUCGUAAAUAUUUAAUCAUAAUUAAUUUGAGUGCUAAAUAUAUUAUAAAAUUAAUUAUCUUAGUAUUAGUGGUAGCAUAAUGUGUUAACCAAAAUACUAGGGUUUAACUUUAUAAAUAAAAUAAAGUUAUUUAUUUUUUAUCCUAAAUAAAGAUUACUAGUUAGCAUAAAGUUGUAGAAAACAGUUUUAUUCUGUAUCAUACAUUUUUUUUAUUUUAACUCAAAUUCAAUUAAAUCUAAUAUACUUAAUGUAAUGUACUUUUAACUAUUAUUUAUUACAAUAUAGGUAUUAUUAAAUAUAAUAUAUUUAUUGUGUUUUUUUUAUUUUUUAGAAUAUUUUAGAUAAAAUAUUACUGGUUAUAGUAAUAAUUAUUCAAAAAAUGGAUAAUACUUCAAAAAGCAAGUUUGUUUUGUUAACGGGUGGCGCAGGGUAUGUUGGUAGCCAUACUAUUAUACCUUUAAUUGAAUCCGGGUAUGAGGUGGUGGUCUUAGAUAAUUUGUCAAAUGCAUGCAAAGGUAUGUAAUACUGCACUUUAAUAGUUUCCUUCAAACAAUUUUUUACAGCAUUUUGUAUCUUCCAUUAUACAAUUAAUAAGUUUUGUUUAUAAUAAAAUCAAUACAAAUUAAUUUGUGUUUUGAAAUAUUGUAGUUGGUUUGGUUAUCUAAUAUUUAACACUUACUGUAUGAUGAACAUUUUUUAAAUCAUAGUAAGACAUGAUUGUGAAUUAAUGUAUUUUUGAGUUCAAAAUAAUCGCAAGGGGUGUACUAAUUUUUCUUAAGACUUAUAGUCCUUUUAUUUUUCUAAUUUAAGCACUAAAUUUAAAUAAACGUUUAUUAUAUUGAUUUCUUUUGAUUUAUUAUUUUUUGACAAUAUUUUUCUAUCUAAUCUUACUAUGGUUUAUUUGAUACUUUGGCUUCUUUAACUUAAAUAAGUACUCACAAAGUAAUUAGCACCAUAAUAAUCAUUUUCCGGGGACGAUUUCUGCUGUAUUUAUAUUCCAUAGAUAGAACGCUGGAUAUUAACAUUUAUUUGAAUAUAUAAAUAAUACAAUAUUUAUUUCUAUGUAUACAUUUUUUAUUUAUAUAUUUAUUUACGAGUAUUAACUAUUUUAAUAAUUUUUGUUUUUACUUUAUUAUUUUAUGAUGAUAAUAUGUUUAUCAAAUAAAUUUGUGACGCUACUGUUUAUUCAGAUAUAAAAUAUCUGAAUAAAAUUAUAAAACUAAAAUAUCUAAUCUUUUUUCAAAUAUUUUUAAAAAUGGAAUUCUUAAACAAAAAUGAUGCAGGAGGUGAAGGAGAAAAACCGGUACCUAUAUCACAAGUUGAAAAAUUAACUGGUAAACAAGUGACAUUCUAUGCCAUUGAUCUCCUGGAUUAUAAUUCACUCACAGAAAUAUUUGAUAAGGUUAGCUGUAUUAUUUAUUUCAGCUAUAUGUAAUUAAAAUAUUAUUCUAACUUGGAUAGGUAAUGUAGAAAAAGCAUAAUUAUUUAUUCAUAUACUAUUUUUUACUUAUUACUUUGGUACUACUCUAAUCAUUAUAUUUCAUUAUUUGUUUAUUUAUAAUUUUUGAUCAUGCAUUCUGAAAUUUAUUUUCAAAGUAUUCAACUACAUAAAAAAAAUUGACAAACAUGAUAACGUAGAUUUUAAAUUAUGAAUUUAAUCUAACAAAACUAAUAUGUUAAUAAUAUAUUUAAGUUUAUUUUUGGGUGCUUAGUAUAUUUGUUAAGUUAGUGAAAUAAUUUUAUAAAUUAUGGCUGCUGUUUAAUUUUAUAUGUACAUUUUAUCUUGAUUAUUUAUAAACUAUGCUAAUAUUUGUAUUAUUAAUAAUAAUCUUCGUUUAAUAAUAUACAUUUCAUUUUGGCAUCUAAUUUAUAAAUUUGACAAACAUAAGUCAUAUUUUAAAAAUAUCACUUUAUGGUUAGUCUUAUAGUUAAUGGAAAUAUUUUAUUUUAUUUGCUAGCAUGAAUUCUGCUGUGUCAUUCAUUUUGCUGGUUUAAAAGCUGUUGGAGAAUCAUGUAUCAUUCCUUUGACUUAUUACCAAGUCAAUGUUUGUGGAUCUAUCAAUUUAUUUCUAGUGAGUUAAUCAUACAAGAAUGCAUUCUAUUGUAUUCUAUAUUAUGUAUAGUUUAAUAUUUGUAGUCAUUAAAGUGAUAAAACUAUAUUUCUAGCUCCAUAUUUGUUUGAUUUCUGACAUUAAAGUUUUACUUAUUUAAUAUUCAAAUAUUUCAUAAUGUUUAUAUUGUCUAAUAGCAUUUAGGUGUAACAUAUUUUUGUAUUUUAUUAGAAGUAAUUUAAUAAUAUUUUUUUUCAUUGUUUAUUUAAUAUAUUUAUUAUUAAUAUACUCAAUUUGAUAGGUUAUGAAAGAACACAAUGUAAAAAGACUUGUAUUUUCAUCUUCGUCAACAGUAUACGGUGAACCACAAUUUUUACCAAUAACUGAAUCACAUCCAGUUGGCCAAAAUUUACUCAAUGGAUAUGCUAAAUCAAAAUAUUAUAUUGAAGGAAUAUUACAAGAUUUGUGCAAUUCCGAUAAAGUAUAUUGUUAAUGGACAAUUAUUACCUAUUGUAAAAUAAUUAUUUAUUGUAAAUGCAUUUAUCAUUAGGAAUGGUUUGUGAUUAUUUUACGAUAUUUUAAUCCAGUUGGAGCGCAUUCUUCGGGAACUUUAGGUGAAGAUCCUAAUGGAAUUCCAAACAACUUAAUGCCAUAUGUUGCUCAUGUAGCUGUUGGAAACAUACCAAAUUUAAAUGUUUUUGGUAAUGAUUAUAAUACUAUUGAUGGAACAGGAGUUAGAGAUUAUCUCCACAUUAUGGAUUUGGCUGAAGGCCAUGUUAGUGCAUUAGAAAAAAUGCUAAAGUCUAAUGAUAGUGGAGCUAUUGCCAUAAAUUUGGGUACUGGGAAUGGAUAUUCUGUAUUACAAGUAAUAAAUUAAAUUUAAAUUUAUUAAAAAAAUAUUUAAUUGUCUAAUAAGAUGUAUUUUAUAUACAUUAAUCAUUUUAACAUUUAAACUAUACAAAAAUGUAGAAAUUGUACAAUUUUAGAUUUAAUUUAUUAUGAUCUAUAUAUUUUUAAUUCCUACAAACUAUUAAAUAUAAAUGUUCAGUACUGAAUAACCUUUAAAAGUUAUGUAAAUAUUGUGUUAUUUUUAUUUUUAGGUAAUAAACAUGUUUAGUGAAGUUAGUAAACGAAAAAUAAAAUAUGAAAUUGUUGGUCGUCGAUCUGGUGAUUGUGGAUCUUCUUAUUGUGAUGCAUCUUUUGCAAAAGAAUACCUUGGGUGGGAAGCUAAGAGAACUUUAAAAGAAAUGUGUGAAGAUACAUGGAGAUGGCAAUCAUUAUAUCCUCAAGGAUUUUCUACCAAAACAUAAUUACUUGCUCAGACUAUAUUCAAAUCAAAGACAAAUUUUUUUAAAUCUAUUUGUUAAUAUAUGUUAAUCAAGAACAAUAAAAUAAUUGUUAUUAGUUAUUUACAUUAAUUAUUUUGAAUAAUCUGAUGAGGCCUAUUAUUCAGUUAAAUAGUUCAUGUAGGAAUAUCUUAGCACUUUAUUUUUAUUUUGUUAUUAGUGUCUAAAGUAAACUUGUAGGUAGGACUAUUUGUUUCAGUCUUUAAAAUUAUAGUUGUUUAGAUAAAAAUCCAGAAGAUUCUUGUUUUUUUUACCAUAUUGAAAAUCAAAAAAUUUCAUUAUUUUUAAAUUCAGUCAAAUUUAUUAUGUGAAGUUUAAAUAAUAAAUUAAAAUAAUAAUUUUAAAAUAAAUUUAAA